AUGGCGGUGGUAAUUAAUAUUGCCAGAAGUGUCAGAGAUUUUUAUUUUGUCCUAAUUGUUUUUAACGUCGUUGCUGCGUUUCAACUUUCAGAUAAGUCAUAUUUUAGUCCAUCCAUUAUAAAUAUUCAAAGACCUGAUGGCAGCUAUUUACAAGACAGUGAUUUAUUAAGAACAAUUUAUCACAUAGAAAAAAGGUCUGCCAUAUUGCCUCCAAUUAAAAAAGCUACGACUUCAGAGAAGAAGCCAAUUUCUAAAAAUGUUUCCACCACAGAAAGUGUUGGCAUUCAACUAAAGACAAUUGGACUAGAAUUUAAAAAUGCUGCUCAAAACUCUACUCUUCCCUAUAACUCUACGCUGUUGGAAGCAUCCAGCUUUAGUACGAUUUCAUCACAUGAAAAAUAUGAUGUAUCAGACAAUUCUUCUACAACAAGUACUUCAGUGUCAAGUACAUCUGCUGCAACAGUUUCUUCAACUACUCCUCUUUCUACGACUUCAGGACUUUUACCAGAUAUGUUACCAACAAAACCACCUAAUAUAACAAAUACUACGUUUGACCACCAUGUUUAUUACAAUUCCACAUUGUUUUUAGAAGAGGAUAAGGCUAUGGCUUUGUGGGUAAAUUUUGAGAAACUUCCACAAGAUAAAAUCGUUGUACAUAGACUGUUAUCAGACUCGUAUCGUAGAGCUGCUACAGUCACUUUGACUUUCGAUUUCCCAUUUUAUGGCCAUCCUUUAAGAAAUAUUACAAUUGCUACUGGAGGUUUUAUCUAUAUGGGAGAUUACAUGCACAGCUGGCUUGCUGCCACUCAAUAUAUUGCUCCUCUUAUGGCUAACUUUGAUACCAGCUUUAGCAAUGACUCCACUGUUCGAUAUUUUGACAAUGGUACUGCUUUUAUUAUUGAAUGGCAUGAAGUCAGUUUGCAAGAUGGAAAAACAGAAGGAAACUUCACUUUUCAAGCUACUUUGUUGAAUUCUGGGAACAUCAUAUUUGCUUACAAGAAUAUACCUGUGUCUGUUACUGAGAUAGAAGAUGAUUCUCAUCCUGUUAAAGUUGGACUCUCGGAUGCAUAUGUCAUGGACAAAGUUAUUUAUUUUAUCAGAAGAAAGACUAUUUAUGAAUACCAUAGAAUUGAGAUGAAAAAAGAAGAAAUUUCAAAUCAUACGGCCAUAUACUUCACUGCAUUGACAACUUGCCUUACCUUCCGAGAUUGUAAAUCCUGCAUGGAAGCAGAUGUCGGGUUAGAUUGCAUUUGGUGUGAUUUUACCAAAAGGUGCUCAGAUGGCUUAGACAGGAUGAGGCAAGAUUGGUUGCAGUCCAAAUGCGAUGUACAUAAAAGUUCUGUAAAUUGUAGUGCCCUUCCUGAUGUCAAACCUUAUGUGCAACCACUUACAGAUUCUCCGUCCAAAUAUUACACCCUUUUUCCACGACCUGCAAAGCCUGGUUAUCAUUAUGAAACCACUCCUUUUUCUUCAUUGCCUGGUAAACCAGGUAGAACUAGUAGUGAUGAUGGAUCAACUAGUGCUAGAGUUGCUGACGAUGUCUCUACAGUUGGAGUAGGGAGUGUCAUUUCCAUUCUGUUGAUUUUGGCAGUUUUGAUGGGAGGAUUAGUAUGGGUCGGUUAUGCCUAUCGAAACCCACAUACUUCCUCUGGUCAACUAUUAAUAAGAUACCGUCCAUCUCAGUGGCGUUUCCGUAGUGGUGAAGCUAGAUACACGGCUGCAUCCGUACACAUGUGAGUCGGAUUAUGAACUGAAAGCGAUGGGAGAGUUCUGGUCAGAAGUGCACCUUACUUGCCACGUCAUAUCAGCACAGGAAUUUUGAGAGAAAUAUUUGGUACAAAGCAUUUUAGUCAAAAAAUAUUUUGGAACUGUAUGAUACAGAAAACAAAGUAAACAUUUUUUCAGCGGCUUUUAUCAUCAUGUAUUUCUUUUCUAUUUUUGCAAUUGCAUUUUUGACAACCGAAGUGUCCAAUUUCGUGCAUACUCUGCAUUCAUACUCUUGUGGAUCAUUCCAUUGCGCUUUGAGUGCUGGCUUUUUGAAAUUCUAAAUGAAACGAGCGAGUCAUAAAUGAUGGAUGUCACCCCCAUGAUGGUACUUUUCGAAGUUAAC